AUGGAGGACCAGCAGGGGGAGUAUGUGGAACACCAGUACAUGUGCAGUGAGUGUCAGCAGCUCUUUAACACUCUGGAGGAGGUGCUGGUGCAUCAGCAGGUGCACGUUGGAGGAGAGGCGGAAGAAAGUGAGGUCCAGCCCCCCCAGGAGGAGCCCAGUCCGGAGGAGAGUCAGUACCAGUGCUUGGAGUGUGGCGCCCUCCUCAGGAAUGCAGAUGAACUGCUGCUGCACCAGGAGCUGCACAUGAGAGAGGCAGGAGUGGAAACAGAGCACGGGCUGAGUGAGGUGACAGAGGUGGAUCCGGGGGCGGGGCCAGGGGAGGAGUCUAUACCUAUUCAGUACCAGUGUCUGGAGUGCCUUGCACUGUUCAAUACGGCAGAACUGUGGCUGGCACACAGACACACUCACAGCAAGAGUAACACACACAGCGUCAUGUCCGAGACUGAAUAUGUGUUGCAGGCUGACGGCUCGGUGACUCCGUUGGUGAGUGUUCAGAACCUGGUGUUGGAUGAGCAGAAGGCCGGAGAGAUCCUGUCCUUAGCACAGGCCCUGGCACGGGAACAGUCCGCCCCUGCCCCCCGGGCCACGCCCCUUCCGGCGUCCGCCACCUUACGCCUACAGAUAUGCUCCGCCCAGGCGCUGGCGGACGGCUCCACCCACCCCACGCUACGCAGGGCCAAGCUCCUCCCCCCGCUGCUGAGCCCCGACCCCCUGCACUUGGGGAACGGCGGAGCGAGGUCGGAGGAGGAGAAAGACGGGGGCGAGGAGGUCCUGUACCUCCACCCGUACGAGUGUUCAGAAUGCUCCCUGCUCUUCGCCACGCCGGAGGACUUCCUGCAGCACCAAGGGGAGCACUUCCUCCCGCAGGAGAAAGAGAGAGAGGAGGAGGGCAUGAUGGAGGUGUACGGGGAGGACAGAGGAGGGAGAGGAGGAGAGACGGAGAGGUUUGGGAUGGCGGAGGAGAAAGGCUCGGACAGAAACAGAGCGGUGACGGGGAGACGCGUGUAUAGCGCCCGCGCUGUCACCACGGCGACCGCGACCCCCGUCAACUUAGAGUGCGCGGAGUGUCACCGCACGUUCACGUCGGCCAAUCGACUGGCGGCACACAAGCGCGUGCACGAACACGGGACGCACGAGUGCCCGGAGUGUGAGAAGGUGUUUAAAAAAGCAGGUUCCCUCCAGACACACCUCCGCACACACACCGGAGAGGCCCGCUACCUGUGUGUCGACUGUGGACACAGCUUCACCACCGAGAUGACCCUCGUUAUACACAGGAAGUCUCACACGGCUGAACCGUUACACAGAUGUCCCUUCUGUCCAAAAACUUUUACCAACAUGACCAAAUUCCUUUACCACCGCCGAACUCACACCACGAGAACACCCGUCGGCCCCGUCUCCACGUUAGGACUGACGGCCCGGAGACCAGUGGAGCCAACUCUGUCUAUUCUCCAGAGAGCGAGAGAGCGAGAGGCCACAGGUCGGAGGGAGAGGGUCACCGGGUGUCUUAUCCCUCCGGUAACAGAGGGAGAUGUCGGCGCGUCCGACCCCUGCAGUGCCGUUCUGCCCGUUCCCACGGUUACCUCCGACCCUCAGGUCAUCGUCACGGUAACAGAGCACGCCGUCGGGGUGGAGCAAAACGGAUUGGACGCCGGAAAAUUCACCGCGGGGACAGCCAAUCCGAUGGCUAUUAAAGAGGAGACAUCCGUAAAAGCCCCUGACCCCUCGACUCCCAGUGUGACCUCUGAACUCAGCCCUGCGGGAGCUCAGGUGAGUCUGGAGGAGGCCAAUGGGGGCGGAGCUUUCCCCUGUCAGUCAUGUGAGAAGACCUUCCCCUCUCAGCUGCGUCUCCUGCGGCACAGGCACACGGUCCACGCCUGCGAGCACCGCUUUAAAUGCGGGGUGUGCGGGAAACCGUUUAAGAAGCAAAUCCACGUCCGGAACCACCUCCGCACACACACCGGGGAGCGUCCGUUCCAGUGCAGCGUCUGCGGAAAAACGUUUUCCUCUCACGCUAACCUGUCACGACACACGCACACGCACACAGGCGCUCGUCCCUACCGAUGUGACAUCUGUCACAAGGCCUUCACUCAGUCCUCCAACCUCCGUCAACACCGUCUGUUACAUGCCAACGCUCCGCCCUCUGCCUGUCCCGACUGCCCCGCCUCCUUCCUCCGCCCAGCCAAACUCAAAGCCCACCGCUUCCUACGUCACGACGGACCCGCCCCCUACUCCUGUCCGCACUGCACCCAGGGCUUCCUCCGCAAACGCCAACGAGACUUACACUGCUUGGAGGAGCACCCCACCUUGCCACACCCGCUCACGGGCCACGCCCACCAGCCCGACGCCGCGGAGUCGGCCGGGGCGGACGGGGAAGCGGGCGGAGCUCCAGGAGCGAAGACGAUCAGUCUCGACUGCGGUAUCUGCGGGAAACGCCUGAACUCUGCCGCCAAUCUCCGUCUGCACCAGCUUCUCCACGGCAACCGGCCGGGCCGUCCGCGGGGCUCCGCCUCCUCCUCGGGCGGCGGGCGGAGCCACUCGUGCAGCGUGUGCGGGAAAGCGUUCGUUUCCGCCUCCAGCGUGCGGCUCCACCAGCGCGUGCACACGGGCGAGCGACCUUUCCCGUGCGGCGUCUGCGGGAAGAGGUUCCGUCAGAACACUCACCUGCGCGAGCAUCUGCGCACGCACUCGGGCGAGCGGCCGUUCCGCUGCGAGUUCUGCGGGAAGGGUUUCGUCCAGAGCAUGCACCUGUCGGAGCACCGGCGCACGCACACGGGAGAGAAACCGCACCCCUGCUCCGUCUGCGGGAAGGCCUUCAGAACCGUUUCCAACCUGCGCAACCAUCGCAAGAUACACGCGCGCAACCAGGUUACCACGGAGAGCCAGCAGGUGGCUGUUGCCAUGGACACGGGCGGUCCAGCAGUAACGGUCGUGGAGGCGGGCGUGGCGGACUCGGCCGCUGCGGUACCCACGUUCUGCCAGCAGGAGGCUCUUGGACAGCAGGUCAUCCAGAUACAGACGUCAGACCUGCAGCAGGGUGCACCCACUCUGAUGUGUAACGCGUUUGGGGAGCCCAUCGCCAUCAUCGAGGCCGGCGGCGACGUCGCUGAGGCCAUCCAGCUGUUCCACACCGCGCUGGAGACCAGUGUCAACAUGGAGGCCGUGGCACUGGACAACCAGCUACAGCUCCUCUGAGGGAGGGGCUCGGGCACCGUGACGACUAGAGAGAGAGAGACAGAGAGAAAUGAACUGCAUUGGGCGCCGUGACGACCAGAGAGCGAACGAUAGAGGAAUGAACUGGCAGCGUCUGAGCUGCAGUGUUGUCCUGUUCAGACUCUCACACAGACACACACACACACACCGAUUGUUCAUAUAGUAUUUUUCUUUUGUGGGGGAGGGGGGCAGUUGUCUGUGUGGCCUGACAUUCUCAGACACAUUUA